AUGCCCACCACCGCCUCCUCCUCGCGUCUCCCAUCCCCCAAGCCUCCCCCGAAGCUCUACACAGUCCGCGAUACACCCUCGUACACCCCCGGUGCCAGCUCCACAGCAGCCUUCGACCAGAACCACAAGCACAAUGGCGAGAUCGCAAUCGUAAUAGACAACGGCUCAUGGCAGACCCGCGCCGGCUUCUCGCACGACCCCUCGCCGCGAAUUUUAUGCCCGCCCCUCGUGUCGCGGUACCGCGACCGUAAAGCUCUCAAGACGUACACCGUCUGCGGGUACGAUGUGUUUGCGGACCCGAACUCGCGCGCGCAGGCAAAGACGCCGUUUGAUGCGAAUGUAGUGAGCAAUUUCGACCAGAUGGAGACGCUGCUGGAUUACUGCUUCAUCAAGCUUGGGAUUGAGGGUGGCGCUUCAGGCGGUAUAGGGCAUCCGCUGGUCAUGACGGAGGCGGUUUGUAAUCCGGGGUAUAAUAGGAGGAUGAUGACAGAGCUGGUGUUUGAGUGCUAUAACGCGCCCUCUCUAGUCUAUGGGAUUGAUUCCCUCUUCUCCUACUCCUAUAAUGGCGGCCAGAACGGAUUGGUGGUGUCCUCGUCGAAUACUGCGACCCAUCUCAUACCGGUUCUCAACGGCAAGGGUAUUGUAUCUAUGGCCACAAGGCUUAAUUGGGGAGGUUCCCAGUCCGCGGAUUAUAUGCAGAAACUGCUGCAGUUGAAAUACCCAACUUUUCCGGCGAAGCUCCAGACAUGGCAGGCAGAGAGCUUGAUGAUGGAGCAUUGUUACAUCAGCGGUGGCUACAAGGAAGAAGUGAGGACCUAUCUAGAUCCAGAAGUAUUGGAGGAGAAAGACAGGGUCAUCCAAUUCCCAUUUGUAGAGACAAUCAAGAUAGAGAAGAGCCAGGAAGAACUAGACAGGAUCGCAGAGAGGAGAAAAGAAAGUGGGCGGAAACUACAAGAACAAGCUGCAAAGGCGAGGUUGGAAAAGCUCAUCAAAAAGGAGCAAGAACUUGAAUACUACAAAACCAUCCAAGCCCGGGCAAACACAGACACAAAACGGGACUUCAAACGCCUUCUGGAAUCUAAUGACUUCCCCUCAGAAGCCCACCUUGCCAAGAAGAUUAAAGAACUUGAUCUGACUAUCCGCCGCGCCCGGAAACAAGAUAUCGGUCCCGAGGAAGAGGAGGAAGGCCCGAAAGAAUUUCCCCUCCUCGAAGUUCCAGAUGAAGACCUCGAUGAAGAAGGCCGUAAGCAAAAACGGCACCAAAAACUCAUGAAGUCCAACCACGAUGCCCGCCAGCGUGCUAAAGCCGAGAAGGAGGCCGAGAAGGCCCGGAUCGCGGAGGAAGCCCAGAAAGAUGUAGAAAGCCGAGAAAGAGAUUUAGAAGCAUGGGUUGGCCAGCGCCGAGCAGCCCGUGAGGCCCUUCUUGCCAAAGUCAAGGACCGCCAACGUCUCAAGGCAGAGCUGUCAGACCGCAAAUCACUCGCCUCCCAGAUGCGGAUGAAGUCAAUCGCCAACCUCGCAUCCGACACCCCCGCCUCUAAGAAACGCCGUCGUGGUGUACCACCACCUACGGGCGAGGGUGGGGACGACGAUUUCGGCCGUAACGACGACGACUGGGCUGUUUACCGCAAUAUUGGUACUGGUGGUGACGAAGAGGACGAGGAAGAGGAGGAGCUCAAUACCGCUCUCAAGAGCAUUGAAGCUCAGUUACUCCAAUUCGAUCCCGAAUUCGACGAGAAUGAUACCCAAGAUGCUCAAUCCGACUGGAGCAAGAGCAUGCUCCACGCAUUCUUGCGGGGAACUCGCCCAUUCGACGUCGAUAACCAGGCAGAGGCCAAUCAGUUCCAUCUUAAUAUCGAGAGGAUCCGAGUUCCGGAGGUUGUAUUCCAGCCCGCAAUGGCAGGAGUGGACCAGGCAGGUAUCAUCGAGAUUGCGAGCGAUAUAUUACUGCACCGGAUAUCAAAUCCCGAAGACAGAGACAAGGCGCUAAAGGAUAUCUUCCUGACCGGCGGUAACUGCAUGUUCCAAGGCUUCCAAGAGCGCCUUGAGAAGGAAUUAAUGGCCGUCCUACCCUACGAUUGUGGGUUAGGGGUGCGAAAAGCCAAGGACCCGAUCGGGGAUGCCUGGCGGGGCGCGGCACAGUGGUGCAGCAAGACCGAGAAAGACGCUGAGUGGAAGAAGGCUAUCGUCACGAGGGAGGAAUACCUGGAGAAAGGUGUGGAAUAUCUCAAGGAGCACCGGCUCGGGAAUGCAUUUGCGUAG